GAUCCGGCAUGAUAGCUUAUAUUUCGAGAAAUGGUAGAAUUCUAUAUCACAUACAUAUCUGAUAAUAGAGAAAGAAGUCUCCUAGAAAACUGAACAGGAGCAUAUCAGGAGACAAUCACUAUAGGAGGAGAGCAAACCUAGAGACUUACAUAAAAGGCUAACGUCAUUCUUUGUCGACUAGAUCAACCUAGAGUCAUCUCAUUCGUCUCGUCUUCACAUCUACGACAGCUGUCUCACACUAUGAGCGCCUUGCAGAUGUGAUACAGAUUUGAUAGUCGGGGCUUACUCUUCCUUCUCCUUUUUGAGCUAAGCCUAAGAUUCACUUACACGACAUCGACAUCAUUCUGGCCUGUGAUGAUUGUCGAAUAUUUAGACAGAGGCUCUCAGUUCUAUACUCUUCGGUGACCGAACAUCGUCGCCCAGUUAUCACAUUCGCUUGGUUUGCAGGUGGGACACCGGGGCAUUGGUAUUCUUAAUUGUCUAUAAUUCGUUCGUCUAUUUCAGUCGUCUGGACGUCACUGUUCCCCCUGUUCUCACUUCUGACUCUCAUAUUCGUAUCAACCCUGGUGGCUUGCUUUGUUUCCACUUGAUUACUCAAACUUCAUCGAUGCUACCGACUACAAACGGAACAUCACAAACAUCGCCGUCGCCGUCCUCUCAUAAAAAUGGUUAGGCUAAGGUUGGCUACUUGGCUCCACCCUACCUCUCCCACUCCCCAUCCUGUAAAUACAGACUCCUACAUAAACAAAAACCUCAGACCCACGUCUGAAAUACCGCCAACCUCACUGGAGGAAAAAAAACACCACCAUCAAAAAUACCAGAGAGAGGAAUCUGGUAGUAAUUUUUGCAAUCUUCCUCAAAAAAAGAAACCCACCGCGCCGCCCAUCAUGGCGCCUUCUAAGAUGAUUACCCUCGCGCAGAAGAUCAGCACCGAGACCGAGAAGGUCGAGGCCUACUUCAAUGAGCACGGUCUUCAGACGCCUAGCUUCGACGUCGACGCUCCAAGUGACUUUCCUGAGAUGCCCGAAGACAUUUCGCGCAGCCGUCGUGAGAUCAUCCAUGCGACGAAGGAGCUCCAAGAUCUCAUGGUCGGUCCUCGAGAAUCUGUGCGAUGGAUGGCAUGGAAUUUUAUGGACACACAGAGCCUGCAACUUUUGAACCACUAUGGGAUCGCCAAGCUUGUCCCCAUCGAUGGCUCCAUCACUCUGUCGCAGUUAGCGAGCCAGACCACUCUCGACUCCAUCAAUCUCACGCGUCUUCUACGACAUGGCAUGGUCAAUCAUCUCUUCCAAGAGCCUACCCCGGGAGUAAUCAUGCACACGGCAGCCUCUCGACUCCUGGUCGAGGACGAGACCCUGCAGUCUUGGGUCGAGUUCAACACUAAGGAUGUGUACCCGGCCUCUGCCCACGUCAUCGACGCACUGAAGAAGUACCCCGAGGCCACGGGCCUCAUGCAGACGGGCUUCAAUUUCGCGUUUAACACGGUCGACACGGAGCCCAUGUUCGUAACCAUCGGUAAGGACCCUAAGAGAGCCAAGCGUAUGGGGCAGGCCAUGUCGAGCCUUACCGGGGGCGAGGGGUACGAGCUGUCGCACAUCACGGAGGCGUGCGACCUGACGGAGGUGGACGCGCGCGGCGGCACGCUCGUCGACCUCGGCGGCAGCCACGGCUUCGUGUCGGUGUGGCUGGCGCAGCGCUUCCGCAACAUGCAGUUCGUGGUGCAGGACCUGGCGAACACGAUCGAGAGCGCGCCGCAGCCCGUAUGCGCCGACGACGCCGGCGUCGCUAAGCGCGUCCGCCUGCAGGUGCACGACUUCUUCACGCCGCAGCCCGUGCGCGGCGCCGACGUGUACUACUUCCGCUGGAUCAUGCACAACUACUCUACCCCUUACGCCGUCCAGAUCAUCCGCGCCCUCAUCCCGGCCCUCAAGCCGGGAGCCCGCGUCGUAAUCAACGACCUGUGCCUUAGCGAGCCGGGCGUCGAGAGUCCGUGGGACGAACGUCUUAUGAGGAGCAUGGACCUCGUCAUGAUGACCCUGCUGAACGCGCAGGAGCGCGAGGAGGAGGAUUUUCGUCAGUUGUUCAAGCAGGCUGAUGAGGGCUUCGUUUUCAAGGGUGUCACUCGACCCCGAAACAGCCGCAUGAGCGUGAUUGAAGCCGUGUGGCAGCCCGCCGAACCUGACCAGUCUUCACCGGCUGCAUGCGAGCCUCCCCGAGAGCUUGCCGUCAUCUAGUGGCAGUUACCGCGCAUACAUGUGGAAGGAAAAGGCCGGUACCGGGAGAGUUGAUAUACCGCGAGAAGAAUCUGUGCAUAGGACAAACGGCGGUUUACUUGCUGGCAGGAGAGUG